CUCUCCCUCUGUCUUCGCUUCUGUACUUUUGUUCUUCUACAUGGUGAAGUGAACUGGCCACUCCCACUUCCUCUAGACUAUCUUUUUGGUUCCCAAUGCCAAAGCACACAACGCAAAAAAUAUUUCUUUGAUUGAUUUUUUGCCGCCACCAUUAAAAUCCUCUGCUCUCACUUACCCUCCAUUAUUCUCUCUCCCUCUCUAUGCAACUCUCAGGCUCUUAUUGACUCAUAAAUAAUCACCAUGUACCACCAGAUCACCAAGCUUAAACAGAAUUGUUUUGUCUAUGUUAAACAGUUGCAAAAAAUAAAAAGAUCUAUCUUUGCCUCUCUCUUUUGCUUACCAACUUCACUCCUUGCUCUUAUGUUCUUUCUUCUACUUUCGUACAAUGGUUUCGCUGUUUUCUACGUUCACCUUCCCUUUCCCUCUAAACCUCAGCCAGAACCCGCCAAUUUCUCGAAGGCCAAUCUUGCUAGAAAUUCACUUAAAAAGCUCCCAUCUUCAGUGAUGUAUGCAGUUAAAGAAGACACACCAUCAGUUAUUUUAAAGACCCUUUUGCCUCUCUUGCAAAAUCCAGCCAUUUCAAUGACACCAAUUAAUCAUUCUGUGGUUUUGAAGCCAAAGAAGGCUCAUGGAUACAAAACUGUGAAGAGAAUGCUGAGUUCUGGAGACAAUUCAAAACAGUUUUCGACAAGAAUAAGAGACUUCCUAGGGAAUCGUGGUUGUAAGGUUAGGUUCUUUAUGACAUGGAUUUCUUCUUUGAAGCCAUUUGGUGAUAGAGAGUCGUUUGCUAUUGAGAGCUUGUUCAAGUCCCAUCCAUAUGCUUGUUUGGUUAUUGUUUCCAAUUCCAUGGAUGCUGAAAGUGGGAGUCUUGUUUUAAAGCCAUUUCUUGACAAAGGGUUUAAAUUGAUUGCAAUUAAGCCUGAUUUUGAUUAUAUAUUCAAGGAUACUCAUGCUGAGAAAUGGUUUAAAGGGUUAAAGAAAGGGAACGUUAGCCCUGGAGAAGUUUCUUUGGGUCAAAAUAUGUCUAAUUUGCUUAGGCUUGCUUUGUUGUAUAAGUUUGGUGGGAUUUAUAUGGACACUGAUGUGAUAGUGUUGAAGAGACUUACCAAAUUGAGAAAUGCUAUAGGGGCACAAAGUAUUGAUCUUGAAAAUGGGAAUUGGAGCAGAUUGAAUAAUGCUGUGUUGAUUUUUGACAAGAAGCAUCCUUUACUCUUCAAAUUCAUUGAAGAAUUUGCACUCACAUUCGAUGGAAACAAGUGGGGUCAUAACGGUCCUUAUCUGGUUUCAAGAGUUGUUUCAAGAGUCAGCAGAACGCCUGGGUUUAACUUCACUGUAUUGCCUCCAUCUGCAUUUUAUCCGGUGAAUUGGAGUCGAAUUAAAAGUCUCUUUAAGGGGCCUGAAGGUAAGGCCCAUUCAACAUGGCUGCGUAAAAAACUUGAGCAGAUUAAAAUUGAAAGUUUUGCAAUUCACUUAUGGAACAGGCAGAGCAGAAAGAUCAAGGCCGAAAGUGGAAGCAUUAUCAAUCAUAUAAUGUUGGAUUGUUGUGUUUUCUGCAAUUCUUCGCGCUCAAGUUUGUAAAUUACUAUAGGAAAAUUGAUGAUUAUGUAAGUGUUGAAGAUUGCUUCGCUAUCUGUGGUUAUGGACUUGCUCAAUCCUUUCCACCGUUACAAUGUUGAUGAAGGUUGAAGAAAGAAACAAAAGGAAAAUCCUUUUCUUUCAUAUAUCCCACCCUUUGUUUUUGUUUGCUAAUAUUUGUAUCAUGUGUAUCUUCUUGCAAGGUAUGAAUACUCGCAGAAUUGAAUAUAAUAAGAACCUUCUGUGUCCCCUGCGGGUUUUAGCCAUCUUGCAUUUAUAUAAUAAGGAGCAGAAAUGGCUCGUUGGUGUUA